UUCAUUUAAAAAAAAAAUAAAAAAAAUUCAAAAUGUUCAAAUAUGGUAGUACAUGGCAUUACCUCUUCGCGACACUUUCCGAAAUGUUCAAACACUUGGAAGGCAGAAAUGGAGCUUUGGAGGAGGACGAGGAGGUGGAGAAAAAUAGCGAAGGGGAGGAAGCAGGAGGAGGAGGAGGAGCCAUAAGAUGGCGAUGGGGAGGAGAGGGAGGAGUAGGAGGACGAAGAAGAUGGCGAUGGCGAAAACGAUAUGCUUCCAAAAUGCAAAUAUCGGAUGUUUUUGUGAUAGAGGAGGAGGAGGCGGAAGAGGAGGAGAAGGAGGCGGAAGAGGAGGAGAAAAAGGAGGAGGAGGAGGAGAAGGAGUGAAAUUCCGGUUUUCGCAGACUAACUUUUUGCAAAAAAAAAAUGAAGAUUCGAUUUUCAG